UAUGAUAAAUUCCAUUUAAGCAUUUAAAUAAUAGCAUCUUAAGAAAUUAUGUUCUAAAAAAGAAGAUUAGAAUUUCUAAGACUUCCUCCUUUAACUGCAAUAAUAUUAUUAAAUUUGUAAACCAAUCAAUGUGAGUAAUUAAACAAAAUUUUAGCAUACAAAUACACACACUUAAUCUACUGCUGCUAAUUUCUUAACUCCGUAUCACUCUUCAUCACCCAAAUAGGCAAAUAAAUUAGAUAUUAAUUGA